AUGAAUAAUACUGUGCAGGAAAAAGCAGAUCUUGAACUUGCUAAAAUAAGCGAUUAUUCAGAUGAGCAGCCAGAAAACGCCUUAAUACAAAUAAUCCCUGAAUUUCAGUAUAAAAGUCGAUACUAUUUCUUUUUAAAAACCAUCGCAGCAUUAUGCUCCUGUUUGCCACCUAUUUUUAAAAAGUCUCCUGCAAAAAAUAAAGAAGAAAAUAUAUAGCGUGGGCACGCUUCCAGCGCACCCUAACGCCUCUGCUCCUUAGCAAUUUGGAGGAUUGCUCGUAACUUGGGGGAAGGUAAACUCCAAGUUGGCAAAUACAGGCACACAAGGAUCUGGUUUAUCAGCAGGAGUUUGGCUCGCCACCUUCAAGUGACCUCUCAGUUGCUGAAGACUAUAUCGUGGGCCUGCUUUUAGGAUGCCCACGAUAUACUCCUCCCACCAAGGUCUAUUCUUUCCAUAGGGACAAAAACCCUAGUUCUCGAUUUAGAUGAAACUUUAAUCCAUAGUUCGCUUAAACCUGCAAUUUAUUAUGAUUUUAUGAUAAAUGUAGACAAUCAGUUCAAAACUCAUAAAGUCUUUAUUAAUAUUCGGCCAGGAGUUAAUGAAUUUUUGGAAAAGGUUUCUUCACUAUUUGAGGUCAUUGUGUUUACUGCAAGUAUUUCGAAAUAUGCUGAGCCUUUAUUAAAUAAAAUCGAUCCAAAUGGUUAUGAUAUACUUAAUUAAGAUUGAAAAACUCUGGGAUAUUUUGAAUUAGAUUGCUUAGAGAUUAGGAUAUAAAAAAAAAUAGAUAGUUAUUAUAUCUUAAGCAUCCGAAUAGAUUUCUAUAGAGGGAACAUGAGAUCGACAGUUGAAGAGUCUCCAUUUGUAUCGUGGAAAGACAAAGUUAGAAAAAAAUCUUUGAAAUGGUGCCUAAUAAACUUUAAAUCUAAGCCAAAAAAUAAUCCAAUUUGAUCACCCAAAGACAUUAAAUUUUCUUGAUUCGCAUUCAAAGCUCUUUCUUCAUUAGAGUAAUAAUUCUGCAACUCAAAAUAAAGUGACCGGCAAUGAGGGCAAGUUCUGAUAGAGUUAUGACAGUAGAAUUGGUUUGUGGCCUGAGGACAACAAAUUGUGUAUUUGAGCCACGGGCAGCUUGUGAAGGAAAUGAUACACGGUAGAAGUCGAAUCUUAAAUGAGACCAAUUGAGUUUGAUCAUAUGGAGAGUCAGGCAAAAAGAGAAAUAUCUGGGAGAAAGUAGCUAGGAUACAAAAGAAGAACAUAUAAGCUGCCUUUUACAUGAUUUCUAGUAGCUUGAGACAGAGAGAUCUGAUUAGUUCUUACUGCAUUUAGUCGGUUGAUGGUUUGCCAAACAGAACAAUAAAAAUGGAAACGCAACAAAAUCUAUCAACCCAUGCAGUAAGAACUAAUCAGAUCUAUCUGUCUCAAGCUGCUAGAAAUCAUGAAAAUGGCAGCUCCUAUGCUAUUCUUUUGCAUCUUGACUGCUUUCUCUCAGAUAUUUCUCUUUGCCUGACUCUCCAUAAGAUCAGGCUCAAUUGGUCUUGUUGAAAAUUCGAGACUUCUACAGUGUAUCAUUUUCUUCGCUAUUCGUCCAGGGCUCAAAUACCAUUUCUGCUGUCAUUUCUCUAUUAAAAGUUGCCCUCAUUGUUGGUCCCCUUAUUUUCAUGAAGAAAAAGCUCUGAAAUUAAUGUCUUUAGGUAAUCAAAUUGGAUUAAUUUUCAUGGAAUCGCAAUUUUUUUUAAUUAUUUUUGACUUUAUUAUUCAUGUUUUUCUCUGGUUUUCUUUCCACUAUGCACAUACUCUUCAACUGUCCAUCUCAAAUGGCCCUCUAUAGAGAUCUAUUAUAAUGGUAUGAGGUAUAUUAUACUCACAGAGUUUAUUUAUCAGUGAUUAUAUAAAAGGAAGAUUAUUCAGAGACAGCUGCUCAAUUAUUAAUGGGAAUUAUGUUAAGGAUUUAUCAAAAUUGGGAAGGAAUUUAAAAGAUGUGAUUAUUAUAGAUAAUUCUCCAAUGUCGUAUUCACUACAGCCUUAUAAUGGUAUUCCGAUAAUUUCUUGGUUUGAUGACAAAGAGGAUCGAGAAUUAGAAAAACUAGUCCCUAUAUUGGAAGAAUUAACAAAAGUGGAAGAUAUUAGAUGCACAUUGAAAGAUUUAAGAGCAAAUAAGCUUAAAAUUUCUUCUGAAAAUAUAGCAAACCUUAACAAUCAGAGUUUUCAACAGCAAAUUUACAUUCAAAAAUUAUCAUUUGAUAAGAAAGGCCUUUACAAUUCUUCUAAAAGAGAGACAUUAUUUGAGUUUGAUGAUAAUGAACAGAACCUUCAAAUAAAUUUAUAA